AUGGCCUGUAGCAGAGUUAGAGUGAUUGAAUAUCGCAAGCGCCUAGAUCCCGAAGAAUUUUUCCAAUAUGGUCGUCCUCACGUGGAGCCUCCAGGAAUUGUCGUGGUGUGCCACCGACCAUUGGACAAAAUUUUGCUCUAUCUCAUCGCAUUUUCUUUACUAGGUGUCAUUAUUCACUUUAUAGUAGCCUAUAUCCUACUUUCUGAUUUUCCCAAGCCUCCACCGAAUGCAUCCACUGACUGCGCUACUCUUGUAGGCUCCUGGAAUUCUGAUUAUACGGUGCUUCGAUUUUUUGGCGUUCCGUAUUCUAUCCCACCUCUAGCAAAACCAGACGAACAGACAUUGGAUGUGUUGCGACAAUAUCUGCAGGUAGAAGAUGGAAUGCCAGUUUUACGAUGGCAAAUGCCCCGGGAGAUAGAGGGCAUUGAAGGCUGUAUUUUGGCCCAACAUGAUCGAUGUAGCUUUCAACGCAGUCGAUGGACGUGCAAUUUGGGCAGAGCACGUCCUGUUGGUACGUGCAGUCAACCCAUUCCAGGAAGACAAGUGGAUUUGAACAAUUCUUAUGCUCUCUUUCAGCAGGAGCGGUGUCUACAGGUCGAUAUAACCACGCCGCUUUAUGGCGGAGUUCUUAAGCCAGUGAUUGUACUGAUUGCUGGAUUCCAGUUUUUUACAGAGCCUCUGAUGCCACCACAUCACCAAUAUGUUGCCUUCUGGCCUACUGAUGAAGCGGUUCGUGACACUGACGCGGUCUGGGUGUAUCUGCACUAUCGCCUGGGUCUUGCGGGUUUCUUCUACAAUCUCACAGCUCCCAAUGCAAGUGACACAACAAAGUAUCAACUUUCAAUUGAAAACUUUGCUCUACACGACCAGUUGAUGGGCCUUCGGUGGAUAAAACAACAUGUGAAACAAUUUGGUGGAGAUCCCAAACGCAUAACAGUUUUAGGAUGGGGUUCCGGAGCCACAAGUACACUGGCUUUGCUUUAUAUGAAAGCGAAGAAGGAAGAGUUAUUCCACCAGGCCUGGCUUACCAGCGGAGCUGUUCACUGGAAGAGCAACCGUGACAACGAUGUUAACAGGAGCAUGGUGGAGCGAGCUUUUACUGAUAUCGUUAGCCACUAUAUUGGUACACAUUGCAUCACUGGAAUACCAGGAACUGUUUCCAAAUCAUGUCCCCUGGGAGAACUGAGAAAAAAGCUGGCAAAUGUUCCAAUAGCGGUUUUCAACUCAUUACUUUCAGGUCUUUUAGAUGAUGGAAAUAUGAUUGGUGGAUUAGUGGGAAGCAAUAAUGAAAGUGGCGGGUUAAGUUGGAUUUCCGCUGAAUCCGGUUCAGGUGCCAUUCCACCUCCAAGAUAUUGGACGCCAGAGGAAAUCAAACGAAUUUUGGAUCUUGUUUUAUUAAUUUCCUCAUUUACAUUUGCUUAUUCUAAUCUAAAAUCACUAUUACACAAAGAACGAAUUAUACAAAUUCUAAUAAUCAAUGAAACAAGUGCGGAGGGAAGAACACCCAUUGCGAAACAUUUCAAAACCACCAAGGUAGUGAUAAAUAGAUUUUUCGAUUCAGAUGAAAAACCAGUACGCCUGGUUUUUUCGUCCAUGUCAAAUGAAUUGGAAGGUUGGCCAGAUAUGGAUGACCCUUGGAUGAAUCAGGCAGAUGACGAACAGAUAGAACAGUUCGCGGAAAUGUUGUAUCGCUUUAAACGACCAUCAUCAUAUAGCCUCCAGGGCUUAAAACAUCUACUAGGUGUGGCAUGGAGGAAGGAGCUCUCACAUACGAGGUCUAAAGCAAUUCGUCGAAGCAGACAGGAGUUCCACCUAGAAUUGCUGAGUCUGCUUCGUUUUUCCUGCCCUCAGUCGUGGAUUGUAUCAAAGCUUAAUGCUUCGAAGGGCAUCUUUUACAAGGUUCUUCUCGAUGAACCAUCCGACCUCGUCGUGCCCUAUGCCCCUGGCCCACGAUUCAUGGGAAAGUCCACACCACCUCCUAAACGGUUUGCUUUCCAUGCCCUUGACAUGAUGAUUUUGACGGGAAAAAGAAUUGGAUCACGAAAAUCAGGAUCUAGAGAUACUCCUCGCAAAAAGCGUUUCCAAAAUUUUAAACGUGAACUGAAACAAAUGUUUAAAGACUUCGUUCAUGUCCACAAAAUUUGCAAGUCAUUUAAAAGGGGUAAUUGCCAAGGCGAUAUAAAAACCCUUGCUUCAAACUCUAUUUCAAGUUUUAUCAAAAAUUUUAUCAAAAUAUUGAACACUGGAACAUCCUUUACUAAAAUACACACUUGCCUAGUUAGUAGUAAUUUGGAAGAGGAUUUUCAAAUCGUGAAACAAGAAAAUUGGAAAAUUAACUUGUUUUAUGGUACGCCUUAUGCUAAAGCAGAUGAAAUGAGAUUUCAGGCUCGUUACAACGCCUUACAAUGGCUGAGGUUAACAGGAGAUUUUCGUGAAAGGUUCCCCGAAAAAGCAGACGCUAUCAAUCAUUCAAACGACAUUAAGCUCAGAAUUAGCAUGACAUCGUUAAGGAAAUUAAAUUGCAUCAAAAUUAUUACAAAUAAAUAA